GUCUCACCAAGUUCACCCUCUACAGUCCCUCCACUAACUACUCAUUUCACUCAAACAUCUUCUGACCAAAACAGUGAAACAACACCAACAGGAACCAGCACAACUCAUCUCCUGUUCAGUACCCUGGAAACAUCUACAACAAUGUUCUCAUCGACAGAGCAGCAAACUACAUUUAUUCCGACAGUGACACCCACAGGGAAAAUUGAAUCAACAGUGUCAACCUCAACACCCACCACAAAUGGAGAAACAAGACCUACCAAGACUGAUGAAUCGACAACAACAAUUAAUUCACGCACAAAUACAGAGGUCUCACCAAGUUCACCCUCUACAGUCCCUCCACUAACUACUCAUUUCACUCAAACAUCUUCUGACCAAAACAGUGAAACAACACCAACAGGAACCAGCACAACUCAUCUCCUGUUAAGUACCCUGGAAACAUCUACAACAAUGUUCUCAUCGACAGAGCAGCAAACUACAUCUAUUCCGACAGUGACACCCACAGGGAAAAUUGAAUCAACAGUGUCAACCUCAACACCCACCACAAAUGGAGAAACAAGAACUACCAAGACUGAUGAAUCGACAACAACAAUUAAUUCCCGCACAAAUACAGAGGUCUCACCAAGUUCACCCUCUACAGUCCCUCCACUAACUACUCAUUUCACUCAAACAUCUUCUGACCAAAACAGUGAAACAACACCAACAGGAACCAGCACAACUCAUCUCCUGUUAAGUACCCUGGAAACAUCUACAACAAUGUUCUCAUCAACAGAGCAACAAACUACAUCUAUUCCGACAGUGACACCCACAGGGAAAAUUGAAUCAACAGUGUCAACCUCAACACCCACCACAAAUGGAGAAACAAGAACUACCAAGACUGAUGAAUCGACAACAAUUAAUUCCCGCACAAAUACAGAGGUCUCACUAAGUUCACCCUCUACAGUCCCUCCACUAACUACUCAUUUCACUCAAACAUCUUCUGACCAAAACAGUGAAACAACACCAACAGGAACUGGCACAACUCAUCUCCCUUUAAAUAACCAAGAAACAUCUACAACAAUGUCCUCCUCGACAGUGCAACAAACUACAUCUAUUCCGACAGUGACACCCACAGGGAAAAUUGAAUCAACAGUGUCAACCUCAACACCCACCACAAAUGGAGAAACAAGAACUACCAAGACUGAUGAAUCGACAACAACAAUUAAUUCCCGCACAAAUACAGAGGUCUCACCAAGUUCACCCUCUACAGUCCCUCCACUAACUACUCAUUUCACUCAAACAUCUUCUGACCAAAACAGUGAAACAACACCAACAGGAACCGGCACAACUCAUCUCCCUUCAACUAACCAAGAAACAUCUACAACAAUGUCCUCCUCGACAGUGCAACAAACUACAUCUAUUCCGACAGUGACACCCACAGGGAAAAUUGAAUCAACAGUGUCAACCUCAACACCCACCACAAAUGGAGAAACAAGAACUACCAAGACUGAUGAAUCGACAACAACAAUUAAUUCACGAACAAAUACAGAGGUCUCACCAAGUUCACCCUCUACAGUCCCUCCACUAACUACUCAUUUCACUCAAACAUCUUCUGACCAAAACAGUGAAACAACACCAACAGGAACCGGCACAACUCAUCUCCCUUUAAAUAACCAAGAAACAUCUACAACAAUGUCCUCCUCGACAGUGCAACAAACUACAUCUAUUCCGACAGUGACACCCACAGGGAAAAUUGAAUCAACAGUGUCAACCUCAACACCCACCACAAAUGGAGAAACAAGAACUACCAAGACUGAUGAAUCGACAACAACAAUUAAUUCCCGCACAAAUACAGAGGUCUCACCAAGUUCACCCUCUACAGUCCCUCCACUAACUACUCAUUUCACUCAAACAUCUUCUGACCAAAACAGUGAAACAACACCAACAGGAACCAGCACAACUCAUCUCCCGUUAAAUAUUUGCAAUUUCAAUUUAACGGUUUCAUCAUGUUUUGCAGAUACCGGAGCAAUUCCAACUCGAAAAGCAAAUAUUACUUUGACAAUUCAAAUCACUUUUCAGCCUGCUUUUAAUAAUCUAAGCUCACCUCAAUCAUUAAAAUUCAUUGAGAAAUUAGAACGGGAGCUUGAAGGGCUAUGCAAAGAAGCAGAUCCAGAAACCUUUAAAAAAGUACAAGUCAUCAAGUUAUCGUCAGGAAGUGUUGUUGCAGAGAGCGUGGCUGAGUACAUCUAUCCAAACAAUGAAACUCAAAUCCAAUUUGUCAACACUCAGCUUGAUGGAGUGUUGUUUAAUAUCUUGAAUGACACAAGUAACCUCAAAAAUAUAUCUCAGGCCUUUAAUAAUUCAGCUGUGCAGUUAAAUGGAUUCACCUUUCAGCUACCUGAGAUUACAAAUAUCACAGAUCUAAAGCCUUUUGUAAACUGCUCUCAGUUUGCUAAUUACACUGCUGAGAUUAGUAACGGUCAAUGGCAGUGUACUGGACCUUGCAAAACAAACCCUGAUUACUGUCAUCAACAUGGAGAAUGUCACAAUAACAUUUACAAAGGGCCAACAUGUAGGUGCUUCGAGUCUAGCCUUGAGCAGUUUUAUGGACCACAGUGUGACCUCUUCCGUCGGGGUCCAGGUUUCUAUGGUGCACUCUUUGGAUCGUUGGCAGCAGCACUCUUGCUCUUGAUUAUCAUUGUCAUUGCUGUCAUUGUCAAAAAGAGACAUAUGAGCAUUUGGAGAAGAAGCAACUCCUACAACAGAAGACUGUCUGCCUUUGAGGAAGAUUUCUUUGACUUCUCUGAUACAGGAGAUCACAACUUGGGAUUUGCAGGCACUUACACAUCAAAGGUUUUAGGCCACAGCUAAAAAAUGUUGACACCCAAUUGCAGGUCAAAACAAAACGUCCAGAGGUUUUGAACAUCAACCCUAGAUGAAGGCUAUAGACAGCAAAAAUGUUUUAAUUACAAUUGUUUUCCAUGCUAGAAAUAAAGCAAAUUACA